CACAAUUCCUGACAUCUCUCUCUUUGUGAUGGAUACAGCUGACCAGUUUGUGAAGGAGAUUUUCUCCUGGAUCACUCAGGGGGAGAAGUAUGCAGACAAGCUGAAGAAACUGGCAGGGAGGCUGGAGUCUGGAAGUGGGGGCAGAAACACUCAAGAACAUUUGACUGAAGUUGGGAAUACUUUAAAGGCAAUCAAUAAAACAGUGACCAGGAUUAGGGAGUUGUUUAAGGAAUUGAAGGAGAAGAAGAAGCUGAACUCCAACCCAGACCCAAAGGACCCAGAGGAUCCAGAGAAGCUCCAUAGACUCAUACUGGCUGAUGUUCUGAUGGCUUUGGGGAGACAUGGAAAACUGGACAUGUCCAACAUUGACCAACUACCUGAAAGGCUGAUAAAGUUUCUUGCAAAUCUCGGUUUCUCACACAUCCUGACGAGUUUCUGUGUUGUUCUGUUCACCUUCAAGCUGGAAACUGGUUCAGAAAGUUUUCAGAUUCUGGCCAGAAGUAGAUCUAUGGAGGCGUCUGGAGGCGUCAAGCUUGCAGGGGUGGGGGCGAUGGCAUACUUCCUUCCAGAAGCAAUCGACAGCUGGAGUGAUCAGAUCGAGAACAACCAUGUGACAGAGGCCAGUCGAUCUCUGAGGAGCAGAGCUGAGCAGAUCCUGGAGAUCAUCAGGGAGCUGAGGAAACAGUUCAGCAUCAUUGAGGAAUCUAUCAGAAAACUAAACGGAAUCAAAAACAUCAGAGAGAAUAUAAACAAGAACCAAUAUGAGAAGAACACACUGGUUGAUUACACAAAAAAUACUUUCAAAACCGCAGAAGUUCAACAGUGGUUGAAUGACACCAAACAGCCUGAUGUCUUACCCCGGCUGGAGGAUCUUGUGGUCUCCAUAUAUAACAAGCUGAAGAAGAAGGUCAGGAACAAGAAGAAGACUGAGCUGAUCUUCUUGGCUCAUGGAUCGAUUGAGGACCAGAUGAUUCCUGCCAGCUCUCUGCUGCCUCCGAGGUUCAUCACAGACGUCCUGCUGUAUUCUCCCUGGAACUGUUUCCUGUCUGCUGAAGCGGCCUACGGCAUCGCUAAAGGAACCAUCCGGCCUGAUGCUGAUCCAGACCACCGGCAGUUUAAGUGCACAAGCCCAUGUGAUGGUCUUACUGAGGGCCAUCCACAUAAACCACCCAAUCUGCCCCGUAACUGGAACUCCAUGAGGAUUUCUGGAUCUUCAAACAUCCCUAAGAUCAUGGUUAGUCCUGUAGGAGAACAAGAAGGGGAGAUGUAUACACGUUUCACAGAUCUAAUGGCAAGUUAUGGUGAACCACGGGGCAAACGGGUUGUCUUCACUUACAAAGCUCCCGACUUCGACAUAUUGCCCUUCUCUGAUGUCAUGUUGGCCAUUUCUGUGGUGCUCUCUUUCUUCGAAUGUGAAGCCACCGUCCACCUGGCCGCUCACCUUAUAAAAUCACCCAAAGCCGGCAAAAUGCAGGAGGAGCAUCUGAGCCAGCAGUACGCCUACACUGUGGACAACACCACCAUGACCGUUCCAGAAGAAACUUUCUCCUAAGAUGAACAGGUUUAUAACAUGCUCUGUAUCUGGUGAUGAUUCUCCAUCUUCCUAAAGGCCAAUCCAGACCUGGAGUACAGAAGCACAGAGCGGACGUUUUCCCACAUUUAUUUUUUCUGGAUGGUUUUCUCUAGAGAACUGGUUAAUUUCCCAAUAAUACUUUUCAAGAUAAA